AUGGCUGCUAUUAUAGCUGAUGGAAUAUUUAUGAAAAGUCAUCCCUCUUCUCAACGUGUACGUGAUAGAAUUAAUGAUCUUUAUGUUGAGCACUCCAGAAACGAAGCUACAGGUGGAAGACCAAAAGACCGUGGGCGGUUAACUUAUGCUCAAAUACGAGAAGCACAUCGAAGUGGUCGGCCAAUCGAAUCGUUACAAGAACAUCCUCCUUCUGAAGAUAAAUUGCUUGGAGAAGAAAGAAACCAAGACUUAUUAUAUGGUGACAAAAAAGAGCAAACUUAUGUCAAACCAAAUUUGCCUUCUUAUCUUGGUCCAGAUGCUCCAUCAGACAUUAGUUAUAUGUCUGGUACACCACGAGGGUUAAACGAAGAAAGUGGAGACUAUGGGGCAAGUAAUGAACGUUGGAAAUAA